AUUGAAUGAGGACACAUAGCUCACAUCAAUGACUCCAAGAGGGGAGAAACCAUUUAAAAGUAUGGAGUGUGGGGAAAAGUUUCAGUGAUAGUAGAAAACUUAGAACACAUCAGCGGACUCACAUGGACAAGAAAGGAUUCCAAUGCAGGGAGUGUGGGAAGAACUUCAGUCAGAGUCAAUUCCUCAAUAUACACCAGCGGACUCACACAGGGGAAAAACCAUUUAAAUGCAUGGAGUGCGGGAAAAGCUUCCGUCAGAGUGGACACUUAAGUUCACAUCAACGGACUCACACAGGGGAGAAAACAUAUAAAUGUAUAGAGUGUGGAAAGAGCUUUAGUUAUAGUGCAGACCUUAGAAAACAUCAACGGAUUCACACAGGGGAGAAACCAUAUAAAUGUAUGGAGUGUGGAAAGAGCUUCAGUCAGAGUGAUAGACUUAGAAUACAUCAACGGACUCACACGCGUGAAAAACCAUAUAAAUGUAUGGAGUGUGGAAAGAGCUUCAAUCAGAUUGGAAAAUGCAAUAUGCAUCAACGGACGCAUACAGGGGAGAAACCUUUUACAUGUAGGGAGUGUGGAAAAAGCUUCUGUCAGAGUGGACAGUUAAGUUCACACCUACGGAUUCACACGGGUGAAAAACCUUUCAAAUGCAUGGAGUGUGGGAAGAGCUUCAGGCAGAAUGCAGAACUUAAAUUACACCAGCGAAGUCACACUGGUGAAAUACCAUAUAAAUGUAUAGAGUGCGGAAAGAGCUUCAGGCUGAGUGGAGACCUUAGAAAACAUCAACGGACUCACACAGGGGAGAAACCAUUUCAAUGUAUGGAGUGUGGAAAGAGCUACAGUCAGAGUGGACAGUUAAGUUCACACCUACGGAUUCACACGAGUGAAAAACCUUUUAAAUGCAUGGAGUGUGGGAAGAGCUUCAGGCAGAAUGCAGAACUUAAAUUACACCAGCGAAGUCACACUGGUGAAAAACCAUAUAAAUGUAUAGAGUGCGGAAAGAGCUUCAGUCAGAGUGGAGACCUUAGAAAACAUCAACGGAUUCACACAGGGGAGAAACCAUUUCAAUGUAUGGAGUGUGGAAAAAGCUUCUGUCGGAGUGGAAGCUUAAGUUCACAUCAACGGACUCACACGGGUGAAAAACCAUUUCAAUGUAUGGAGUGUGGAAAGAGCUUCAGUCGCAGUGGGCACCUCAAUAAACAUCACCAGACUCACACAGGGGAGAAACCAUAUAAAUGUAUGGAGUGCGGGAAAAGCUUUCGUCAGAGUGGACACUUAAGUUCACAUCUACGUAUUCACACAGGUGACAAACCUUUUAAAUGCAUGGAGUGUGGGAAGAGCUUCAGGCAGAAUGGAGAACUUAAAUUACACCAGCGAAGUCACACUGGUGAAAAACCAUAUAAAUGUAUGGAGUGUGGAAAGAGCUUCAUUCAGAGUGGGCACCUCAAUAUGCAUCAACGGACUCACACAGGGGAGAAACCAUAUAAAUGUAUAGAGUGCGGAAAGAGCUUUAGUGAUAGUGGACACCUUAGGAAACAUCAACGGACUCACACAGGGGAGAAACCAUAUAAAUGUAUAGAGUGUGGAAAGAGCUUCAGUCAGUGUGGAUACCUUAGAAUACAUCAACGGAUUCACACAGGGGAGAAACCAUAUAAAUGUAUAGAGUGCGGAAAGAGCUUCAGUCAGAGUGGAGACCUUAGGAAACAUCAACGGACUCACACAGGGGAGAAACCAUAUAAAUGUAUAGAGUGCGAAAAGAGCUUUAGUGAUAGUGGACACCUUAGGAAACAUCAACAGACUCACACAGGGGAGAAACCAUAUAAAUGUAUAGAGUGCGGAAAGAGCUUCAGUCAGAGUGGAAACCUUAGAAAUCAUCAACAGACUCACAAAGGGGAGAAACCAUUUAAAUGCAUGGAGUGUGGAAAAAGCUUCUGUCAGAGUGGACAGUUAAGUUCACACCUACGGAUUCACACGGGUGAAAAACCUUUUAAAUGCAUGGAGUGUGGGAAGAGCUUCAGGCGGAAUGAAGAACUUAAAUUACACCAGCGAAGUCACACUGGUGAAAAACCAUAUAAAUGUAUGGAGUGUGGAAAGAGCUUCAGUUGUAGUGGACACCUCAAUAAACAUCACCAGACUCACACAGGGGAGAAACCAUAUAAAUGUAUGGAGUGUGGAAAGAGCUUCAGUCAGAGUGGACAGCUCAAUAAACAUCACCAGACUCACACAGGGGAGAAACCAUAUAAAUGCAGGGAGUGUGGAAAGAGCUUCAGUCGGAGUGAUGUACUUAGAAUACAUCAACGGACUCACACGGGUGAAAAACCAUAUAAAUGCAUGGAAUGUGGAAAGAGCUUCAGUUUCAAUGCAAACCUUAGAAAACAUCAACUGGCUCACAAACGGGGGAAAACCAUUUAA